ACUCAUUUACUCAUAUUUUCAUCUUCCGUUUUUUCAAACCCUAGCUAUGACUGAAGAAAUCUCUGCCGCCGCCGAGGAAGUUAUCAUCGAGCCAGCAACGAAGAUCCAGAAAAUCGGUCAGAACGGUUGCGAUCAUCAUGUCUCUGUUCUGAAGGUGAAGAAACUCUCUGAAGAUGCUGUUCUACCUUCUAGGGCUUCUCCUCUCUCUGCCGGUUACGAUCUCUCCAGUGCUGUGGAGAUGAAAGUUCCUGCUAGAGGAAAAGCAUUAGUUCCGACAGAUCUUAGCUUCGCCAUACCUGAAGAAACCUAUGGUCGAAUCGCUCCACGUUCUGGUUUGGCAUGGAAACACUCGAUUGAUGUUGGCGCUGGAGUGAUCGAUGCUGAUUACAGAGGUCCUGUUGGAGUUCUCUUAUUCAACCACUCUGAUGUUGAUUUUGAGAUCAAAUCUGGCGAUAGGAUUGCGCAGCUCAUUAUAGAGAAGAUCAUGACGCCUGAGGUUGUUGAGGUGGACGAGUUGGAUUCAACUGUUCGUGGUGCAGGUGGAUUUGGAUCUACUGGUGUCAAAAAAGGAUGAAGAUGAUGAUGAUGGAUUAGAAUCUAGAUAGGUAUGUAAGAAUAUCGGUUAUUAAUCUUUUGGUAAUUUUGUUCCUCAAUAGAGGAAACGGCUGAUCCUACUUUCUUCCAAGUUCCAAUCCAUGUAUGUUCUUGCUGCUUUUGUAAGUGGAUUGAAAAAACUUGAUUAUGUAUUAAUUGCUAUAUAUGCUAGUUUAUGCAGAUUGAUGAUCAUUAAUUUGUGUA